AUGAAGCAUCUGAUACUUGUGGGCGCGUGUUACCUCGACACAAUCCUGACGGUCCCUCACUUCCCGGAAGAGGACUCGAAGCUACGAGCAACGGCGGUGCAGGUGAGACGCGGAGGCAACUGUCCGAAUACGCUCGAGGUUCUCCAGCAGCUGCUCUUGUCCGGCUCCGCCAACGACUCCGAACCCGACUCACGUCAGCAGCACCCCCGGGUUGUGCCGCAUCUUGUGGCCUGUUUGCCCAACGCCCGAGCCGCCGCCACUGGCAAGAUCUUGUCAUCGUUCGGACCUGGCUCGCCCAUCGACUUCGGUCACUGCAUCUACCGAGACGACCACGAUGAGGCAGCGAGCAGUUACAUCAUCCGUAGCGCCGAGACGGGGAGCCGGACCAUUGUCAACUUCCAGGAUCUCCCCGAAAUGACCGUCGGCGAAUUUGAAAACAUUGCCGACAAGUUUACAGAACACGCGGCCGACUGCUGGUGGCAUUUCGAGGGCCGGAUUCCCGAGACGACAUUGCAGUGCAUCCGUUACCUCCGGCGUGUCUUGCCAGGAAGUACCAUCAGCAUCGAGGCCGAGAAACCAAACCGGGAAGGGCUUGCUGCGCUAGCCGCCGAGUCCGACGUUGUCUUCUAUUCACAAAGUUGGGCCAAUGUAAGUGCAAUUCCCACACUGCUGACGCAUCGGAACCGACCACCCGUCCACGAACCACCCAGAAGCUUGUCUGAGAGGCGAGGCAUCCUCGACGAGGGCGGCGCCUCUGCCCUAUCAAUACCGGGAGGAGAGUAUAUGCAUUGUGCUGCAAACCCGUCCGGCAAAGAUCUAUUAGUGGUCGAUUCUCUCGGUGCGGGUGAUACGUUUAUCGCGGGGGUGCUGUUUGGGCUGAUCUGCCAUCCUGAUGACUGGAGUGCCGAGGCCAAGCUGGCCUUUGGCGUAGAAUUGGCCACCAGGAAGGUUCAGCGAGACGGAUUUGCCGGCCUGGGCAACACCAAUACCUAA